AUGGACAGCAACAGCACACUGUGGAGCUCCAGCUCUCCUCCUGCAUCCAACCACACUGAGGUGAUGGUGACUGCAGCACCCACCAUCUUCCCUCGGGUGGGCUAUAGUAUACUUUCCUUCCUUAUGUUUAUCAACACAGUGCUGUCAGUUUUUAACAACAGCCUUGUCAUAAUCGUGAUGGUAAAGAAUCCAUCCCUCCUCCAGCCUAUGAACAUUUUUAUCCUUGGCCUGGCAGUGUCGGACCUUAUGAUCGCUCUGUGUGGCUCACUGGUCGCCACCAUCACAAACUACCAGGGCUCAUAUUUUAUCGGCCAUGGAGCCUGUGUGUUUCAAGGAUUUUCAGUGAAUUAUUUUGGUCUGGUGUCUCUCUGGACUCUAACUCUUCUUGCUUAUGAGCGGUACAACAUGGUGUGUAACCCAAAAGAUGGAUUUAAGCUAAGCAUGCGGAGAAGUAUUAUUGGACUGCUGUUUGUCUGGGUCUUCUGCUUAUUUUGGGCUGUUACUCCAUUAUUUGGCUGGAGCUCCUAUGGACCAGAGGGUAUCCAGACAUCUUGCUCUCUGGCAUGGGAGGAGAGAUCAUGGAGCAACUAUAGCUAUCUGAUCCUUUACACACUUCUCUGCUUCAUCCUCCCAGUUGCAAUCAUCUUCUUCUGCUACUUCAAAGUGUUGAAAUCUUUAAAUAAGCUGAACAGGAGCAUCGAGCUGCAGGGUGGGCAUUCCAGGCAGAAUGAGAAUGAUCACGCUGUGAUUAUGGUCCUGGCAAUGAUUAUAGCGUUUUUUGUUUGCUGGCUGCCCUACACUGCAUUAUCAGUGGUUGUAGUGGUGGAUACAGAGCUGUACAUUCCUCCUCUGGUGGCCACAUUGCCUAUGUACUUUUCCAAGACCAGCCCUGUCUAUAACCCCAUCAUCUACUUCUUUUCCAACAAACAGUUCCGUGACUGCACCCUGGAGGUUUUGUCCUGUGGGCGCUACAUACCCCUUGGGCCGACCAGCGUCAGCAUCCCCAUGUGCUCCUUGAACAGAGGUAGCUGUCUGUCUUCUAUAAGCAGGAGCGCCAACACACACAGCAAGGUGCUGCCUGUGUGA